GCGAAUAUCCCGUGCAAUUGGUGUUUUAAUUUUAAUUAGUGGAAAACUCCUUUCGAGGCGUUGAAAACCGCUAAGAAAAUGGAGGAAAAACGCGAAGAAUUAUGCCUGAAGCGAAUCUGUCGGUUCUGCAUGACCCAGGAAGAACCAUUAACAAACAUAUUUGAAAAGGAUUCGCCAGCAGAAAAUAACGCGGUGCCGUUGCCUUUACAGAUUAUGGCUUGCGUUUCUGUUGAGGUCUUUUAUAAUGAUGGAAUGCCAAGGACUAUAUGUAGCCCAUGCAGAAUAUUGAUGGAUAGAUCUUAUCGAUUCAAACAAAUUUGCAAACAGAGUGAUAGUGCUUUGAGGCAAUAUCCAAACACUGGAGUUUGGCCUGAACCAAUAAGUUUGCCAGAUGAUAUUUUUGAGACAAUACAGGUGCAAAAUCGAAAACGUGGUAUUGAUGAGGUGGAAGAGGAUUCCAAUGAGACUGCAGAGGAGAACCCUCCUUCACCAAAGCAGGUUAAAACCUAUGUGGAGCUCAAACCAGUGACAAGGAAUAGAAAUAGGACUGAAAACAAAGCAACUAAGAAUGAUGAAAAUAAACCAAAAAUUUUGAAUCUACAAGCUGGAACUACUACUACAGAAGUAUCCAAGGUUUUAAAAAUCGAACGCAGAAGUACAUUGAACGAUGGAAAUACAGAACAAUAUGUGCUCAAGGAAGAUUUCUAUGAUUAUGAUGAUAGACCAGCUCUCAGCGAUGAUAAUCCAAACAAGCCAACAGUUUGUGUUGAAACUGAUGUCUUUCCUUGUGACCAUUGCGAUAGAAGUUUUCCUCUUCAACAAUUAUUGGACAUCCAUAUGCGCCGUCAUACCAGAGAAAGAAAAUAUCAUUGUGAUCAGUGCUCAAAGAGUUUCUUCAGUAAAUAUGAUUUGGCAAAACAUGCCAAUGUACAUAGUGGUGAGAAGCCUUUUACUUGUGUUGAAUGUGGGAAGGCAUUUGCAAGAGCUACGCUCUUACACAGGCAUGAAAAAGUGCAUGUAGACACUCCCAAGUUCUUAUGCAGCACUUGUGAUAAAACAUUUUUAUCACUAAACGAACUAGAUAGACAUGAAAGUAAUCAUCGCAAGACAAGAAUGUUUGAAUGUAAAGAGUGCAAUAAGACGUUUGCAUAUAAGCAGGGAUUGGAACGUCAUUCAUUUGUACAUGCUGAAGCUAAACCUCAUCAGUGCCAUUACUGCAAUGAGAGUUUUACAACUGAUGGUAAAUUAGCAAGGCACAUUCGCAGACAUGCUGGAUCAAGGCCCUAUCCCUGUAGAUAUUGUCAGAAAUCUUUCUUGCUUUCUCAUCACCUGACUAGACAUAUGAAAACAUCUCAUGCAAAUGAAGAUCAGAACAGGCGAAAUCGUUCUGAACAAAUGAUUACUAGAGGAUCAGGUGCAAAAAAUACUAAUUCUCAAUCGCCAGAAACACGGAGACCUCGUCCUAGGAUUCCAAAGGUUGAGCAGGUAGAUGAAUUCAAAUGUGAUGAGUGCGAUAUGAGGUUUGAAACGAAUGAUGAAUUGAUAUAUCACUCUGCUGUUCACGCCACACAAAGCUUGACCUGCCCAUUGUGUAAUGAGAAAUUUACAGAUUUGGAUUCAUGCACCGAA